UUCUAUCCAACCCCUCUCUUGCAACCAGCCACUAGGUAAAGCCCCACAAACCGGCCCUACCUUUUCCAAGGCAAGGACAACAAACUUCCGGGUUACACACAAACUCAAUGCCGCCCGAAACCUUGUGCCCGGAUCCUAGACCCUGGGAAACCCGGUUUCAAUUUCCUGCCAUACAUGUAUUGGGACUAUUUCGGUACCUGGAGUGCGAGCUAAGGCCGAGAACCUUGAUCGCGGAAGAACAGGGAUUGCGUGGUUAGAGGACUGGUUUGAUCCUGUAUGAAAUGGUGGAGGGAUUGGUUUAUGUUGGUUUUUGAGGGACUUGUGGGGCGUUUGUGUGUGGUAUGUGCGAUGGGUAUGUCAUUGGGUUGUCAUGAUAGUGAUGUUUGCGUGGUCUUGCUUCAGUUGCAGGGAGGAUCAUAUAAGUAAGUCCGGUCCUUGCAGGAUGUAUGGAAGUCAUGGUCGGACUUAUAUCUGCUUCGUAUAUUGAUUUCUAUUCAAAAUGUCUUGCUAUGAAGUGUUCCCCAGUAAUGACCUUCCAUAUCCUAUACACAGCAAAUUGCCCGUGAUCUCUGAUAUAGACGGUCUGUCGAACUUCCGCGACGUUGGGGGGUAUCCUGUGGCCGGUGGCGGAUCUAUCAGGAAGGGGAUGCUUUUCCGCUCAUCGAAUCUCGAUGAUAUCACGCAGUCUGGGGCUCAGAAGUUGCAAACUCGUCAUGGCGUUCAGGCUAUAUUUGAUUUGCGGUCUGGGGGUGAGAUUGUUGAAUCGAGUCGCUAUCUUUCCGCCAUCCCGGUUACACAUGUCCCGGCGCUUGCCGAUUUUGAUGAUGAUCAGAUAGUGGCCUAUUUGAAAGGUCUCGCGACGGAUGAUACGUCGGCUGUCACUGCAGAGUUGUAUCUUUGGAUUUGUGCCAUGUCAACGGUGGCGUUUCGCGCUGUUUUCACAUACUUGCGGGAUCAUCCAGGAUGUCCUGUUUUGAUUCACUGUGAGCUUGGAAAGGAUCGAACCGGGAUUUGCAUGGCUAUCAUUCUUCUGGUUUUGGAAGCGUCGGAUCAAGAUAUUACGCGAGAUUAUCAGCUUUCUGAGCAGGGAAUUAAGGGUAUGAUCCCUGGAAGACGGUUGAAGUUGUCCGAGUUGCCGCUGCUUGUUGAUUCUGCGGUCCCACCAGUCGCGCUUGACAGGCAUUUCUUGGUUUCUUCCGACACUAUGAGGCGGUUUUUGAUGCGAUUCAGGCAGACCUAUGGGAGCGGGGAGGGUUAUUUGCAGGCCAUUGGAUUUAGUUGUGUUGACUGCGAUGUCAUUCGCAGUAAUCUUGUCGCACAUCCCGUGCUCAAUUAGCAGUGAUGUAUGGUUAAAUCAAUUGAGCCGCUGAAAUCUUAGGUGGCCUGUUUCCUAGCAGACCCAUGAUGCUAUCUUUCUUCCCGGUGCCAUUUUGUCGACGUAAGGCCAUGUCAGAGAGACACAUCCAAAUCAAACCACUGUUCAUGCUCCGCAUGUCCCACAACGUAUGACAAGCGUGCCUGACGCUGAUCGGGAGCAACUGUCACAAACACGC